AUGAUCCAGGCCCAGGAAACCUUCACAUUUGAUGAUGUGGCCGUGGACUUCACAUGGGAGGAGUGGCAGCUCCUGGCCCCUGUUCAGAAGGCCCUGUAUCGGGAUGUGAUGCUGGAGAACUAUAGCAACCUGGUGUCUGCGGGUUUUCAAGCAAGCACACCAGAGGUACUCUCCAAAUUGGAUCAAGGAGAACCAUGGAUGAUGGAUGAUGAAAUCCACUGUCAAACCCGUUCAGAAGUCUGGAAAUUUGAUGACCACCUGCUGGAGUACUUACAAAAUGAGAGCAUGGAGAAGAGACUAGAACCAUGGCAUGAACAGAACCCACUAGAAAAUGCUUUUCAUCAGAGCAUAACUCAUUUUCUGCUCAGGCAGCAUCAUGAUGUGUUUGGUUUACAUGGUAAAUGUAUGAAAUCAAAUUUAACUUUACUUUCUCAAAACCUCAGCUAUGAAAUAAAGAGCUCCAGUGAGUUUACUGGAGAUGAGAAAUCCUGUCGCCAUGCUGACAGUGAACAGUUUCAUCCUGAAAUUAAAUUCCCCCAAAGCCAAAAACUCAUCAGCUCCAAAUCCCCAUUCAAUGAGCAUCAGAAAACUAAAAAAACAGAGAAGCCUCAUGUAUGUGGUGAAUGUGGGAAAGCUUUCAUCAAGAAGUCUUGGCUCACUGAUCAUCAGAUAAUUCACACAGGAGAGAAGCCCCAUCGAUGUAAUCUUUGUGACAAAGCAUUCUCUAGAAAAUUCAUGCUCACUGAACAUCAGAGAACGCACACAGGAGAGAAACCUUACCAGUGCACUGAUUGUGGCAAAGCCUUCCUCAAGAAAUCACGGCUCAAUAUACAUCAGAAAACCCACACCGGAGAGAAACGGUAUAUCUGCAGUGACUGUGGAAAGGGCUUCAUCCAGAAGGGAAAUCUCAUUGUACAUCAGCGAAUUCACACAGGUGAGAAACCUUACACAUGCAAUGAAUGUGGAAAAGGCUUCAUCCAGAAGACCUGCCUCAUCGCCCAUCAGAGAUUUCACACGGGAAAGACUCCUUUCGUGUGUAGUGAGUGUGGAAAAUCCUGUUCCCAGAAGUCAGGUCUCAUUAAACAUCAAAGAAUUCACACAGGAGAGAAACCCUUUGAAUGCAGUGACUGUGGGAAAGCCUUCACUACAAAGCAAAAGCUCAUUGUCCAUCAAAGGACUCAUACGGGAGCGAGACCGUAUACCUGCAAUGAGUGUGGGAAAGCUUUUGCCUACAUGUCUUGCCUUGGUAAACAUAAGAAAAUACACACAAGAGAGAAACAUGGAGAUAAGCCUCAUGUGUGCAGUGAAUGUGGGAAAGCAUUCGUUAAGAAGUCUUGGCUCGCUGAUCACCAGAAUCUUCAUACAGGAGAGAAGCCCCAUCGAUGUAACCUCUGUGGGAAAGCCUUCUUCAGAAAGUUCCAGCUCACUGAGCACCAGAGGAUGCACAUGGGGGACAAACCUUACGAGUGUGCUGAAUGUGGCAAAGCCUUCCUCAAGAAAUCAGGGCUCAAUGUGCACCAGAAAACCCACACGGGAGAGAAACCAUUUAUUUGCACUGAGUGUGGCAAGGGCUUCAUCCAGAAGGGAAACCUCGUGGUCCAUCUGCGGAUCCACACAGGCGAGAAACCUUACACGUGCACCGAGUGUGGGAAAGGCUUUAGCCAGAAGACGUGUCUCACGGCACACCAGCGGAUUCACACUGGCACGAGUCCCUUUGUGUGUGGUGAGUGUGGGAAGACGCUUUCCCAGAAAAUGGGUCUCAUCAAGCACCAGAGGACUCACACAGGAGAGAAGCCCUUUGAAUGCAGCCACUGCGGAAAGGGAUUUAUCGAGAAACCACAGCUCGUGAUACACCAGAGGAUCCACACGGGGGAGAAACCCUACAGAUGCAGCAAGUGUGGCAAAACCUUUCAUCAGAACUCGCAUCUCACUCGACAUCAAAGAAUCCACACGAGAGGGAAGCAUCACAAGUGUGAAGAGUGUGGUAAGGGCUUCAGUUACAGUUCACACCUUGUACGCCACCGCAGAAUCCAUACCGGAGAGAGACCUUACCAGUGCAACGAGUGUGACAAAGCCUUCAGUGUGCUUUCAAGUCUUAUUUAUCACCAGGUUGUCCACACUAGAGAGAAACCUUACAAAUGUAACGAAUGCGACAAAGUCUUCAGUCAGAGUUCAAGCCUUACCAAUCAUCGCAGAAUCCAUACCGGAGAGAAACCCUACAAAUGUGAUCAGUGUGGCAAAGCCUUUAACCAGAGCUCGCAUCUUACCAGACAUCAGGUCAUGCACACCGGAGAGAAGCCUUACAAGUGUGAUGAGUGUGGCAAGGUUUUCACUCAGAACUCCAGCCUCGUAAGUCACCGGAGAAUUCACACUGGGGAGAAACCCUACCAGUGUAAUGAGUGUGGCAAGGCAUUUGGUGUGUAUUCGAGUCUGACUUAUCAUCAGGUAACCCACACUAGAGAGAAACCUUACAAAUGUAAUGAAUGUGGCAAGGUCUUCAGUCAGAGUUCAAGCCUUCCCAGUCAUCGCAGAAUUCAUACCGGAGAGAAACCCUACAAAUGUGAUCAGUGUGGCAAAUCCUUUAUUCACUGUUCAAACUUCAAUAGACAUAAGAAAAUCCACACUGGAGAGAAACCUUACAAAUGUGACGAGUGUGGCAAGGUCUUCACUCAAAACUCAAGCCUCAUGAGUCAUCGGAGAAUUCAUGCUAGGGAGUAGCCUGACCAAUGUGAUGAGCGUCACAAAGUGCUUAUUGUGGAUUCUUAACCUCUGGACCACCAGAGAAGCCCAGACCUACUGAUAUUUUACAUGAAGUUCAC